GUCGCACGUAAUUGACGUCACCAGCACGCGCCCUGGCCGCUCCUGUCCACCUGGUUUGCGAGUCCGGUGGUUUUAACUUUGCCGGGAGCUGGCAGCUCGGUAGCCGCUGGCAGGUCGAUAGCCGCCACCGCUCAGGUCCGGACGCUCGAGGCGCCCCAGGUUCUCGACAUGUCGAUGCUGGCUGAGCGUGAGUGGAGGGCGCGAGGGUGAAGGUUCCAGGUCGGCGGAAGCAGAAGUGGUCUGUGGAUCCAAGAAACACUGCAUGGAGCAAUGAUGAUUCUAAGUUUGGCCAGAGGAUGCUAGAGAAGAUGGGGUGGUCUAAAGGAAAGGGUUUAGGGGCUCAGGAGCAAGGAGCUACAGAUCAUAUUAAAGUUCAAGUUAAAAAUAACCACCUGGGACUUGGAGCUACAAUCAAUAAUGAAGAUAACUGGAUUGCUCAUCAGGAUGAUUUUAACCAGCUUCUGGCUGAGCUGAACACUUGCCAUGGGCAGGAAAUAACAGACUCCUCAGACAACAAAGAAAAGAAGACUUUCAGCCUUGAAGAAAAGUCUAAAAUCUCCAAAAACCGUGUUCACUAUAUGAAAUUCACAAAAGGGAAGGAUCUGUCGUCUCGGAGCAAAACAGAUCUUGACUGCAUUUUUGGGAAAAGACAGUGUAAGAAGACUCCUGAGGAUGAUGAUUCCAGCCCCGCCACUCCAGAUGGGAAUGUGUCUUCCACUACAACGACCAGUGCCUUCACCAUCCAGGAGUACUUUGCCAAGCGGAUGGCAGAGCUAAAGAAUAAGCCACAGGUCUUAGCAACAGGGCCUGACCUUGCAGAGACCCGAGUGGAAAGAAAAAGGGGAAAGAAGAGAAAAAAAGAGGCAAAAGAUAAAAAUGUAGAGACUUACACCGAACCGCAGGCCAAGAAGAAGAAAGACCAAGCUGAAUGGCAGCUCAGAGACCCUUGUCAGGAUGAGAAUUCUGGUGUUUCUGCUGAGGAUGGAGAGGAUUGUGUGUGGCCCCCUGAUGACCAGGACAUUAUCCCAAAGCCCAAAAAAAGAAGAGAAAAGAAAAAGCUGCAAAAGCAAGUUGAGGAAGCAGUGGAAGCUAUAUUACAUGACAUACCAAUGAAGAAGACGAAGAAGAAGAAGAAGAAAAAGAAGCAAGGUUCCGAAUAAAUUCCUCGAGCCAGGGCCUUCUAGCCAUUCAGCUGUCAGAGCCCUGUGAGCAAACACCUUUGGCCUGAAGUCAUAGCAGAGUUCACCCAAGAGUGUUUGUGCACAUCUUUUGACAUGCCCGUGGGUUGCUGAGUCUCGUCUUCUCACCACAUUUUUCCCAACACAUCCCUGGAGAACUUUCUAUUGUCCCAAAUCAUGUCUCUCAUAAACAAAUAAAUUUCUUUUUAGACCAUGA